UAAAAUGUAGGAAAUGGGAACAUAAAGAAAAGUUAUAGUGUACAUAUCAUCGAUAGUUUUACAUUGAAAUCAUGAUUUAAAUGCUCUAAAAAACAAUAUCUGACGGCAUAAAUGACACUCGGCGUGUGAUUCAUUAGUAUACCUUUUAGGAAAAACAUCGGCUUUUCCCGUAAACUUCCGGAUUCACUCCCGCCUUCACAUUUUUACGCGGGAGCUGCAGAGUAAAAAGUAAAUAAAAAUGUGGAUCCAAGUUCGAUCUUUUGAUGGCAAGAAAUCGGUAAGGAUCGACAGUCUGUCGAAGCUGACAAAGAUUGAAGAAUUGAGAGAACGUCUUGUCGAAGAUUUUGAGGCGCCAGUGGAAUGUCAGAAGCUGUUUUACAGAGGAAAACAGUUGGUUGACGGACAUUCUUUGUUUGACUACAGUGUUGGUCUCAAUGACCUCAUACAGCUAUUGGUACAGAAGCCACAGACAUCUCAUUCCACUACGGAGGAUAAAGCUACCACUGAGGAUGCAGGAUCCGAUAAAGAAAAUGAAAACACUGGAGAAGAUCAGAAAGAAAUAGAUGUUGACACAAAGAACAGCAUCUACAAGGUUGGUGACGUGAUUGAUGCAAGAGAUCUAAGCAUGGGAGCCUGGUUUGAAUCCAAAAUCAUGAAAGUAACGAAGUCUACCUCCAGUGAGAAAAUAUCAGACACAAAACCUGUCCUCUCGGAGACUAGUCUGCAUUCACCUCAGAAAAACAGGGAAAACAGUGAUAAAAUUAGCUCAAAAGACGAGAAUGAAAAUACGAAAUCAGGCCAAAAGUCUGAACCUAUGGACAUUACAGGUGAACAACCCACUACCUCAAGUGAAAAAAAGACUGGAAACUUAACACCAUAUGAUAAAUUGUUUGAUAAUAUUCGAGAGGAUGGUUUCACAUAUCACGUUGUCUAUGAAGGUUAUGAUGAAGAUGACCAUGUUAAACUCAUAUCUAAAGACCUUCGGCCACGAGCGCGGACAAACAUCAAGUUUGCUGAUGUGAAAGUCGGCAGUGUGGUGAUGGCCAAUUAUAACAUCGAGGAGCCAGAGGAUAGGGGCUUCUGGUAUGACUGCGUAAUCACUGACAAGACUGACACGCGGACACAGAAGAAAUUAGAAGCAACAGUCUAUUUUGGCCCCGACCUGUCCCCCCUGGAGAACUGUAAACUGCUAUUUGUGGAUGAGAUAUUUGCCGUGGAGGAGCCGGGUACACAGAUGACCGCAGAGGACCUGGAAAGAAACCCCAGCAUGUCCCCUGUCAAACGUACCAACAAGCCUGAUUGUGACCACUGCCUGGACAACCCCAGGAAGAAAUGUAAGCACUGUGCAUGUUGCCGAUGUGGUGGUAAAAAUGACCCGGAACAGCAGAUUAUGUGCGACGAGUGUAACAAGGCCUAUCAUCUACAGUGUUUACAGCCCCCGCUAUCUGCCCUGCCGGAGGAGGACGAAUGGUACUGUCCUGAAUGUAAGCUUGAUACCUCAGAGAUUGUGAAGGCCGGGGAAAAACUGAAAACUAGCAAGAAAAAGUCCAAGAUGGCCUCCCAACAGAACGGCAAAAGCAGGGACUGGGGAAAGGGCAUGGCAUGUGUGGGCAGGCAGAAAGUGUGUCAUAUAGUUCCUGUCAACCACUUUGGGCCCAUACCAGGGGUUGAAGUGGGAACCAUGUGGAAGUUUAGGGUGCAGGUGAGCGAGGCUGGUGUUCACCGACCCCAUGUGGCAGGGAUUGCCGGCAGGGAUAGCGAGGGGGCGUUCUCCAUUGUGCUGUCAGGAGGCUAUGAGGAUGAUACGGACAAUGGAGACUCAUUUUUCUACACUGGAAGCGGUGGUCGUGACCUCUCAGGAAACAAACGGACAGCCGAACAAUCAUGUGACCAGACUCUCACCCGUAUGAACAGAGCAUUAGCAAAAGUGUGCAACACCCCUCUAGAUGCCAAGAAUGGUGGCACAGCGAAGGACUGGCGGGCAGGGAAGCCUGUAAGGGUUGUACGUAACUGUAAACUAGCAAAACAUUCCGAGUAUGCCCCAGAGGAGGGUAACAGAUAUGAUGGCAUUUACAAGGUGGUCAAGUACUGGCCAGAGAAGGGUCAGUCAGGCUUCCUGGUGUGGCGAUACCUGAUGCAACGAGACGACGAAACUCCGGCACCCUGGACCGCCGCAGGAAAGAAAAGAACUAAGCAACUUGGACUUGUUAUGCAGUACCCAGAGGGCUACCUAGAAGCCCAGGCACAGAAGGAGAAGGAAGCGGAGGAAGGGAAGGGGAAGAAAGGCGGGAAACGGAAACGCAAGGACAGCGAUGAUGAGGAAGAAGCAGAGAGCCCUAGCAAGAAGCCCAAGAAAGUUGCAGCCUACAAACUCACAGACAAACAGAUGAAGAUGGUGAAGGGGGAUGAGGAAAAUAAAAGAGUCUGGGACGAGGCUUUGGAGGCUAGGAAAGAAGGUGGACAGCGUUUCCUGGCGAGGGUAGAGGAGCUGUUUACAUGUAUAUGUUGUCAGGAACUUGUGUAUAAACCAGUGACAACCAGCUGUCAACACAACAUUUGCAAGUCGUGCCUUCAGAGGUCGUUCAAGGCAGACGUGACUGUCUGUCCUGCGUGCCGUACAGAACUAGGAAAAGAUUAUAAGAUGCCUGUGAACAACACAGUGGCGACAUUGCUGCUAGAACUAUUCCCCGGGUACGACGCUGGGCGAUAAUCAAUGUGACCAAUGGUAUUAUUUUGAGAAGGAAGUAAAGACUUUAAAGAGUGCUGUAAUUGGUUGUAAAUGAGCAUUUAUAUUUAAGCCUUCAGUAAUAAAACUAUAUUAAAGAAAGCAGUAACUGGAUAUGAUGAAUGAGUGCCAUAUUGAGGAAUGAGCAUCUUUAAAAUCUUAAAAUGUAAAGGAAGAUUUGACAGAAAUCUUGCAUGAGAGAAUUCAAGUGAUUUAAUUGGAGAGAUUAGGGUUGACAUAACAAUCAAAUCAGUUGUUAAACUAAAAAACAUACUGUUCUCAUGGAUCGAUUUCUGUGAUUAAUUUUAUUUUACACAAUCAAGUUUAAUUUUUAUGAAAUACAAAUUUCCCUAAAAAAAGGUAAAGCUGAAAUGAAUAAUUAAAGCCAACAAAAGGGGUAUUUCAUACCAUCGUUGAAUUUGUUACGUUUGACUGCAUUUCAUACACAAACUUACUGAAGAUAAAUUAUGUAAAAUUUUCUCUAUUGAGAAAGUUUGCGUUACUAUGGUAAAAGUAUUGCAUUGAUUAGUAUAUUUAUAACAUCUCUGGUAUUUAAGUCCUACAGUUUCUUUAAGAUAUUGUCAGUAUUUGGCAUUAUGCAAAUAUGUUUUACUUAGAAAUACUUGGAACUAUAAAAUAAAACCAUAGCAAUUAAACAUUUGAACAAUAGCACUGACGAACUGUUUUCCAACUUGUUAUUUUUUUAAUUUUAGCUCAUGAUUUCCAAUGUCCGUGAAGGCACUUAUUUCAACAAAUUUAACCUUGUACAUAACUCAAAAAACAACUCAGGUGUCUGAACUAAACUUGGUACACAUAUCAAUAAUUGUUUGGUUAUACACUUUUUGAUGGAAAAAAAGACAACAGAUGUGUGUUGACAUUAGCUCUGCAGCACUUGUGUUAUUUCCUCAUACUUCCUGCUUAUCGCAGUUAAUGUUAAACUGCUUACAAUUGGUUCUGAAAAUAAUGAAAUUAUCACGUACAAGGUAUAUUGGGGUAUAUAAAAAUGUAGGGGAAAGAUGUUAGACUUGUGAUUAUCAAUUGCAUGUUAAUUGUUUUACAUAAACUAAAAUAUUUUGAUGUAUGAAAACUUGUUGCCUCUUGUGUUCUUAAUGCAUUGACGAAUGUAUUUGGCCAUUGUGUUCAUUUUACAUAUAUUAUCAUAAUUAUAUUUCAAUUUUUAUGAAAUAAAUUUUCA